AUGUCCUACAAACUGCUGUCGCAGGAAGAUGGUCCACAGGCUUCGGAGGCGGCAUUGCGGCUGAAGGCUUUGCUGCGGAGAGAAGGCUUAGACACUACCGCGGCCGCGGACUCCGUGGUCACGAUUCUGCCUCCCAGCUCUGCCAACACAAUUCUGCCUGGCUCGGUGAACACAAUUCUGCCUGGCUCCGUGGCCACAGCUGUGCCGGUUGAGGUGCCGCUUCAUGCGGAGCCAGCAUCGGAGAGGGCGCUGCCCUUGCUCUUCGGCUGCGUGUUGGCUUUCUGGCUUCUUUACCUUUGCAGCCGGCAACUGCACCAUCUUCUGCAAGGAAUCCCCGCCAUCCUACUCGGGCUGUGGAUGACAUUUCAGGUACACAAAGUACCGAAUUCUGCUGUUCUCGUAAAGCCUGUGUUGGUUUGGAUGUGGCUCGCCACCCUUCCCAGCUUUGACCGGAUGAGCUGGUGGGCACUGGGCCUUCAAAUGCCAAGCGCGUUGGUGAGUGCGGGUGCCAUCUACCUCUGGGCCGUUGAGCAAGAGAAGGCAACAGGGCUUGCACGGAGUUGCGGCUACUGCGGGCUGGCCAUCUCCUGGCUGCUGGCUCUGCUGGCUUGCCUUCCGCUGCGGUGGACUCUGGCCACCUUUGUGCUGCCCGGGAUCGGAUGCUGGUUCCUGGGGUUCGUGGCGGAUGCCCGAGCUGUGGAGACGGCCGAUUGCAGGGCAUGGCUCCAAAGUGUCGGCUUGCUUUUGGCAUGGUCCUUCAGUCUGCCAAUGCUCUGCGCAACCGGCUCUCACCAGCUCUUCCUUCUCCUGACCUUCUUGGUGCCGGCUCUGAGCCUCAGCUUCUCCGGCGAGACCUCCGAGACUUUGGUGACUCUGGCUAGUCUGGUAGCCUUGGCCUUCUCGGUCUUGGCCCUCCUCGCGUCGCCUCAUGGGAAUGAAUGGCCAUGCCCAGCUUCGCCCAGUUGGAUUUGUCGGACCUGGCCGGCUGUUUCCUGCUUGCCGCUCCUUUGUGGCUUCAUGGCGGUCCUGGCAACGAAGUCAUGUACUCUACGCCCCGAUGAUCUCGUGCGAAUGCUGCUACUGCUGGUAAUGGCUUUGCUGCCAGUCGCCCUUAGCUCCAAGCUCGAGGACAGCAUCGGAUGGACAGUGCCAGAUGUAAACCCAGCGGCUUACAUCGAAGUGAACAUCACUCAGCCCUUUCUGCACCUGAAGUCCCAUGGCAUACGCUGGCUUGAGCUGCCACAGCCAGUUUGGAGGGCAGAGAUUCCGUCGCACCUCUGGCUGCCUCGAGCCAAGUACUGGAUCUCCCUGAUGCUUCUGAAGUACUUCGUGGUGCUCGGGCUCUCUGCCGUACUCCUGUGCUUUGGCUCCUACCACAAGCCGCUUCCGAGGGCAUCUAAAGCCUCUACUCUCAGCCUGGAGGAGGCCUAUGAAAGGGCCACUGCUGGCGCCAAGUCCGGGAAGGGGCUACAUGGAGUUGUCUUCUUCUGGGCCCUCUCCAAUGAAUCUCGAAGUCUCCUUUUGUCGGUGCUCCUGCUGUGCUGGCUGAUCUUGUGCUCGAAGUUGACUAUCUCGGCUAGCUGGGGAGGACAGCUGAGUGCCGAUGGCAUGUCUUGGGAGGCUUGGGACCUUCUCUGGACGUGUGGGCUUCUUCUUUUUUUCUUGCAGGCACUGGUCAUGAGGUUCAAUAGCACUUGCAGCUACAGCGCCAUGGAUGUUGCUUUCUCGUCUCGGGCCCUCUUUCCCUUCAUGGGCGAUGGCUUCGACGUUGUGAAAGAUGCAAUGCUUGCGAGCAUGGUGAUGCAGUCGGAACUUCACUGGGUCAGCUACUUAGGAUACAUGGGCCUCGCCUACGUCUGGACGCUGCACUUCUAUUGGCUUUGGCCAGGAGCGUCGGGCAGAGAAAGACUGGAUCGGAGCUACCUGGCCCUUCUCUUUCUGAAGCCGCACGAAGUAGAUGAUAGACCAAGCCUCUCAGAACGGGCGUGUCAAGCGGCUUAUGUGGAGACGGAGCCUUCAAGGCAGAAGGCCGUGCUGCUGGAGGAUGCUCCGCAAGCGCUGCUGGAGUUGCUGGCUAUGGGCAUGACGAAGCCGUUUCCGUUAGUGAUGAACCUUGUGAUCCCCGGCCUCCGGCUACUGGUCGCCACACGGUUUCACAACUCCAUCGCCUGGCAAAUCCGCAGCUGGCUGCUACAGGAAGCCCUCGGUUCCUCGUCAUCCGGGGACCGCUGCGCAGAAUCGCUUUGCAGGCUAGAAACGGUGCAUGGCAAGCUUUGGGAGAGCUUCAACGAAGACCUUCGGAAGAGUGCACAAAGAACAGCCAAGAAGUCAAAGGAGCCGACCCUAAUCACGGAGUGGGUGAAGCUUCAAGAACUUCAAGUGAUGACGCCAGAGCUAGAGCUCUUUCCAGACGCUCCGCUGACGCUUCGUCGCCUUCGCUUACAACCGGCAACCUUGAAGACUCCAAGUACUGCCCCAAGUACUACGUGCAUUGAAAAGUGCAUGAGGCCUCUACUGAUCGACCGGGACCAGACUGAGAAAGGGCUCCCUGAAGCUAAAGCUGACAGUGAAGUCCUUCUGAAAGUGCUCACUUCCUCUCCGCUUUUUCUGCGGGACCAUGGUAUCGCUGCAGUGAUCUCGCGCUUGCUGCGCUUGGGCCCGGACUGUAGAAAGCUCCGACUCACCAUGCACGGCUUUGAGGCAAAGCGGCAAAUCAGCGACAUCUCAGUUUUGCCAACUCAGUGCUUGAUCGCCUUACUCCAGGGGCUGGGAAAGAGCGUCUACCUUCGCACAGUCAUCCUCGACUUGGCUGAGAUGUAUCAAGAGACAGACGUUUCCAAGCCCUUCCUGAAGGGGCUAAGGCAUCUGGUGGAGGUGACAGAGCUCGAAAUCAACUUGCGCCAUACGCGAAUGGACGAUGCAGGUUGCCAUGCUCUUGCCGAGUCGCUUUGCUGCCUGCUUCAGCUCAGCCACCUGAUCGCUACGAGGUCCGCGAUACAGAACUCGUGGAGUACCAUAGUAAGCUUCGGCACAUCCCCGACGUGCGAGUCGAAUACGCGGAAGCGUGACAUCUCUGGAGGACGCACGGCCAGUUUUCGACCGCCGGAAUGUGCGUCUCGCAAUUGGCGCAUGCCUCGUGCCAGCCCGACCGUUCGA